CCGCCGCUCUGCGCACAUCGGGGCCGCGGAGCCGGUACUGUAGGCGCGUGGGGAGAUGACCGUGAUGGAUGGAUGGAUACGGACGGAACCGGGUCGAGUUUGGAGGACGGAACCGGAACCGAGGUGAGGAGAGCCGGUCUGUGCGUGUCCUGUUUCCCCUUAGACCCGGAGGACGGAGAUGUUCAGGGUUCAGAGUAACUCACCCACCGGCAGAUCCUGACUGCUGAAGCUGUGGAAAAUCCAUUUUCUGCUGCGUCUCUGGGGGGUUUCACGUGUCAUCAGGACCUUGAGAUGCAGCCGUUCACGCCCUGAUGAUCAGCAUCACAUGGACCUGGCACCAGUCCGAGCCCUGAAAGAUUGAUGAGGUCCUGUUCAGGUGCAUCAGGCCUGGAGCGGCGCCGAUAAGGCAGCUUUCAUUUCAUCAUUUUAUAUCCUCAGAUCCUCGGAUCCUCUCCUCUUCAGCUUUUACUGAAAGACUCUGAGGGCUGAGAGAGGCGGGAGGAGGGGGGGAUUAUGACCCCCCAAGACCCACCAGGCGACGGGGACAGAGGUUUAAGAAGCAGGAACUAUGAAAUGUCCCAGAAAUGACAUCAGUGUGGUCGGUGAGCGGGACUCCAGAGUCAGCGUGUCAAUGAGUCCGUUUACGUCCACACUAAUACUCUGAUCAGUAUCUGAAUACUAUUGAUCAUGUAAACAGUGUAAUCUGAUUUGUUUUGUCAGAUAACAGCAGUAAUCUGAUUAUGACAAAUCAGAUUAACACACCUGGAUUCGUCUUCCUGCAUGUACACAGGUUAAUCUGAUUUAUUUCUGUGCAUGUGUAAAAAAAAUAAACAGAAGUGAUGUAGUCGAACAUGAACAUGAGCUGAAGACAAUAACAGGACGUUUGACUCUACCGUCACUACUUAUGUACGAGCUCCCAAAGAAAUCCAAUAAUGGACUGAAACGACUAAACGAGUGCAUGUAAAUGCAUCAGAUCCAAUUAUUAGAAUGAUCUGAUUAUUAACAGUUAUUGGAUUUUUAUGGUCAUGUGAACGGACUCGUCGUCUCGCUGAAAUCUGCCGAAACCACAGAUGGACAUGCAAAGCUGAGACGGACGGACGGACAGAGGACAAUGUGCAACAUCUCCUUCUGUGAUGUGGACAGUAAGGUGGACCAGUUCUUCCAGCCCACGCUCUACAUCAUAGUCAUCGUUCUGGGUCUUCCUACCAACUGCAUGGCCCUGUGGGCGGCCUACAUGCAGGUGCGUCAGCGGAAUGAACUGGGCAUCUACCUGAUCAACCUGUCCGUGGCCGACCUCCUCUACAUCACCACUCUUCCUCUGUGGAUCGACUACUUCCUGCAGCACGACGACUGGAUCCACGGCCAGGAGAGCUGCAAACUGUUUGGCUUCAUCUUCUACACCAACAUCUACGUCAGCAUCGCCUUCCUCUGCUGCAUAUCCCUGGACCGGUACCUGGCCGUGGCCUUUCCUCUGCGUUUCGCCAAGGUCCGACGAAUCAAAACAGCGAUCCUGGUCAGCGCCGUGGUUUGGAUCAUCGAGGUCGUGGCCAACUCCGCUCCUCUCUUCCAUGAUGAACUCUUCCAGGACCGGUUCAACCACACCUUUUGCUUUGAGAAAUAUCCCAUGCAGGACUGGGUGGCAGGGAUGAACCUCUACAGGACCUUUCUGGGUUUCCUGGCUCCGUGGACGGCCAUGUUGGUCGCCUACCGUGGGAUCCUGGCGGCAGUUCACUGCAACGUUUCCACGGAACGCCAGGAAAAGGCCAAAAUCCAGCGUUUAGCUUUGAGUUUAAUUCUGAUUGUUUUGUUGUGCUUUGGACCGUACCACGUCCUCCUCCUGGUGCGGAGCGUCAUGUUUCUGAGGAAACCGUGCGACUGUAGCUCGGAGGAAAGCCUGUUCGCUGCCUACCAUGUGUCAUUGGCGCUCACCAGCCUCAACUGUGUCGCUGACCCUAUUUUGUACUGUUUCGUCAACGAGGGAGCUCGGCAUGACGUCGGACGAGCCCUGUCGGCGUUGCUGUCAGCGGCCUGUUACAAGGGCUCGUCCACGUCGCCGUCGCACGCGGACAUGCUCAACGCUGGCUCGGUUACCAUGGAAACGCCGUUGUCGGCAAAGAAGCAGCCUUGUGUAUAUACUGACGGGAGCAAAACGAGCAGCUACAAGACGGAGCUGGUGGCUCUGAAGGAGGAGUGUCUGCAGAUGACCAUCCUCAGUGUGAGGAAAUGACCCGCAAUGACCCAAAACUGUCCAGGUCAGUGGGCGGAACGAGACCCAACACCACCAGACGGUCGACAACGCUCGGCAACACUCGGCACUUCAGCGGAACUAAGAACAGGAUCGGGUUGGUAACGGUUGUUGUGCCGAAUUCUUCUUCCUGCUGAAAAUUGCCCCACCCUCCUAAGUCGGUCAUUAAGCAGACGGUAUUCACCAAAUUCACCCUGUCACAACUUCCUGAGAAAUGCUCCGUGCUCCCCCUGGCUGAUUAAUUUUUUUUUCUUUUCUGACUGUAGGGUAUGAAAUUAAUUGUGAAUUACUGAACCUCUUAACACCAUCAUUGCUGUGACGCAAUUAAGUCAAUGUUUUUCAACCUU